AUGAUCCUUGAGCCUGUAACUGCAAGUGCGAAGCGUUCGGCCUCCCUGCCAGCGCAGCCAGCGCAGAGGCCGACCCCACGCAGUGUGAGCCCUUGCCCUUCUCUGCAGUACCCCUCGGUCCAGUUCUUCAAAGCUCCGAAGCCCCUCGAGCUGGCUCCUAGCGCUCUUAGCCUUGCCACGGCUGCUACAGACGGGACGCUGGGCGCCUGUGCCCGUCCAUCUUCGCUACCCGAUCCUGUUCCACUUCUGACUCACUCGACUCCUCGGAUCGCUCAGGCUCCGGUGUUCGCUCCGGUACUCCCAGCUUUGGAGAGCAAGUUUCAGUUUCUGAAGAGCCCCACCCGAAGGGAAGCUGGACAUCGGGACAACUCUGACCUGCAGGAGCUGGAACGACAUGUGCUCGAACUGGUGGAAGGCCUCCAGCUUCCAUUGGAGGUGAAGUAUUGGACUCGCCAGCAGCUGGAAGUGUUCGUCAUGAGCGGUGGCGUUCUGCGGCCCAAGAACUGCUCGAUGCCCGAUGAGCGACUUCUGGCAAACGCGUCCAUGAGCAAGGAUGAGAUUGUUCACUCCUUGGCCCAGGCCGCGGAGUGGAUCGCCAAUGCAGAUGCGCUGCUAAUUGGCAGCGGCGCCGGGAUGGGCGUGGACUCCGGGCUAGGUACUUUCCGUGGCGGAAAGAAAGGUGUCUGGGAUGGCCUGGAGGCAGUUGGUUUGGCAUACGAGGAGAUCUGCGAGCCACGAUGGUUCGACGAGACCUCCGGCGAUGCGCGAUUGGCCUGGGGCUUCUGGAACCAUUGCUACCGCGCAUACCAGGAGACCAAACCACACUCGGGUUACGGUGCCCUGAAGCAGCUCGUCUUUGUGGCAGCCAGCAGCAACAUCUUUGCAGCCAUGCCAAUCUCCGGGCUGCUAAGUGCUGCGGCACUUGGUGGUGUGGGCCAGACAAUAUGGCAAUACAACCGAGAGAACUACAUGUUUGAUGUCCCUUUACGACAAGCGCGUGAGUUCCAAGUGCAGAACGUGAAUCUUGCACGUUUUGCCCUAUUCCGAGAAGACAUCCGCGACCUUGCAGCUUUGACGACUGACAAGGUGGCGAACCUGCUGAUCGUCAACACCCUCAAGGUUGGUUUUAUUGUAGCACUGUAUUUCAAUUUCGACCGCACCGACAGCGGAUUCCAAGAACGGACCUAUCAGGAGGAUCAGCUCGCUGUGCUUCUGGGAAUGACCCUCUUGACAUCAUUUUUUUUCCUGAUGACCUCGAUAUGGUUCGCCAUGCACGCGCUGCAGCUGGCUCAAGCUAUCACAACCAAGCUGCUGGUGCAGGUCGUGCGCAUUCCCAUGCCAUCUGAGAACGAGAUAGCCAAGGCAUCCACCGAGGGAAAAGAUUUCGAGCUGAACUUUCGCGAGGCGCUCCGACUGCCGUUCGUUCGUCCUGCGGCGCUCAACAAGGACACUCUGCGGGAUCAAAUGAAGGAUGUCGGCCGUCAGUUGCCGCAGUUGGCCGAAGAGAUGAACCGGGAAGACUCCAGGCUGUCAAACGACACCCGUGCGGCCAGCCCGGCGGCGGCUCAAUCUCCGACAGAUUCCAAAGGCAGCCCGUUGCUGCAGACGACGAGACCCCUCAACAUGGAAGUUUCGAUGCAGGAGCUACUGCACUGUCUGCCUUCUCACGCUCAGGGAGCCUUCUCCGAGAUGGAGCCGCAUCUAAAGCUACUUUGCUUAGUGGCAUCCGCCUGGCAGCCUUUUGAUCUGUAUAGCCGGGUUACUACGGUCCUUGGGUCUUCCUGUCUGUUCAGUGGCCUAGCAUAUUUCUCCUUGUACUACAACAAGUUUGACGUCGACGGAAGCAGCAGCAUGCCCACGGAGGCUUGGUGCAGCUUUCUGUUUAUGUCGACAUUGGCUUGGUGGAACCUGACCAUCGAGAUUGCAGGUAGCAAGCUCGACCUUUUCGUUGCUGCGCUGCUAAUUCUCGUUGGUCCGACGCUGUGGGUGGCCUCGAACAAGCCGACGCUACACGCCAGUGUGAUGCAGCAUUUCGGCUACCCAGUGUUGGUGACCAUCCAGGCCUCCUGGAUUUGCUUCUUGGGCAUCCGGGCCUUCACGUGUGGUGGGGAGUGGCCUCACUUUUUCACGAGCACCCGCUACCUGAACGUUGUCCACAAGCAACGGGGUCCCAUCGAAAUCCCCGUGGACAUCGCACGGAAGGUGCAUGAAGACGAGGAUACUUCCACGGAGUCAUCUGUCAAUUUCAAGGAUUCGCAGCAUGCCAUGGCCUUGGCACAGCCCCUGAUCGAUGUCUUAAGUUGUAUCGGCGAUCUGCCUCAGUCCUCCUCUUCCCGUGCAGCUGUGUUCCAGGCUAGAGACUGGCUGAGAGAGGCCGCGCGUGCUGCUGGUGUGUUGCGCACGUCUCUGAUGGUCAAGGGGUUUUGGAUCUACCUGCCAAUGACGGGGCUGGACAACGAGGGUGCUGUGCCUCACUGGGUGGAUAUUCACAGCAUUGACUACCCGGAGAACUGCAAGGAUGCGACGGAAGCAUUUAUGCUGCCGGAGCUGCUCCAAGCUGCAGACCUGGCUGCGGAGACCCUGCACGCACAAGCCGUGCGCUGGACCGUGCAUGACAUGCUCAGGCUUGCAUCCUACGGAGGAGAACCAGUCACAGGCGUGAACAGCUUCCUCUUUCAGUUCGAGAACAUCUCGGAACGGAUGCGAACUUUCGUGCCUUCUGCGGACUAUCUCUUCAAAGUUGCAAUGGGCUUGGUGUCACUGUUUUGGAUCAUGGUUUGGGUAUGGUCCAUCAUGGCCGCCACGGAACUAUUCCGGAAAGUCUCCCUGAGCGGCACGAUGCAGCCCUUCGCCCUGGACACUCCGUGGCGCACGGUGACUUCUUUCGGUUGCACACUGGAAGGAGAGCACUACGUCGUGACAGAUUCCGUCGUCGUUCAGAUCCUGUCAGAGGAGGGAAGGGUCUGGCUCCAGUUCGGUGCUUGUGAUGGUGACCCGAUCCUUGCCGUGGAUUUUGGCCAGCAGGGCGAAGUGGUCGCCACCUGCGAGAGAGGCAUCCAAGCUACCUGGCUGUCCGGUGCGAAGUUUUCUGCAGUUCGGAAGUUCGAAGAAGCACCUUGGGCAGCCGAGCUCCGAGGCCAGGGCUCCUCGAGCGGAGAUGACCUUUGGUCCGUUUUGGUUACCGUGGCCGAGGCAGAGAUGGAGCGGAUCGAGUGUUACAUGGUUCGCUUGCAAGACUCUGACCUGCAGAAGAUCAGGGCCGCAGCAACCGCAGCACUGGUCGCUUCUUCGAGGACCCAGGCAGCCGAGGCGGACGUCCACAAGGCCCUCUACCACUAUGGCCUCUCCAAGAAGGCCAGCAAAGUGGUCGCGCAGAACACUGGGCCCCAGUUCGCGAAAGACACGGCAUCGACAACAGCCGCCGCUGCCAAGGCCAUGUCCGCCAAGCCGGUGCCGGUGAAGCCCAGGUGCUACCACAACAGCCCCAGCGAAGAAAACGACGCCGGUGAAGUGUCUGCCGCAGGCACCGGCCGACAACGGCCCAGAGCCUGGGCCACCUGGGCCGCGCGACCCACCACAGUUCGCGCCGACCUGGAGAAUGCAUCCAGGCCGCGCGUCCGCGAGUUGAUCGGAGUCCGCCGUGACAUCUAUGCUCGAGGUUCGCUGCAGCGGAUAGGUCUGGCGCCAGGGAUUGAGGUCGCGGGGGUCACCGGAGCGGACCUUCGCUUCAACCGAGCCGAGAGGUCAGUCACCGUUCGCCUUCCUGUCAGCAAGACCGACCUAGAGGGGAAGGGCUGUGAGAGACGCCAUGUGUGCGUUUGUUCGCUGGAGCAUGAUCAGGGUUGUCCGCAUUCUGGCGACUUGGCCACGAUGUUUACGGCUCUGCAGAAGUGCAAUUGCAGCUCGGGCAGACAUCCACUGUGCGUUUUCCACGCUUUGCUGGAACUCGUAGUUCGCAGGCGGAAGCAGGGGUCGUACGACCCGUCGCACCCGCUGUUCGGAGAAGGUCAGGUCGCUGUGACCCAGAGACAGUUGACUCAGCUGGCGCGGGUGUGCGCUGUUGUGUUGCAACGUGAGACCCUAUCCGAGUGGAGUGCUUCUGCGUUGGAUAAGUGGUCGCAGCAUUGUUUUCGUGUCGCUGGUACACAGCUGUUCGCUCGCGCAGGAAUCUCCCUCGCGGUCAUUCAGGUGAUAGGAAGAUGGGGAUCGAUGGCUGUGAUGUGCUAUGUGCAAGAUGCCAUUUUCGUUCCAGACAGAGCUGCGCUUCAGGUUCGCUCAGCCUUAACCGCGGCCCCGCACUCAGACCCUUCGUCCAGUUCGCACAAUGGUGCGGGCCAAAUUGUGAAUAGCGCGGAGAUGGACUCUGUAUAUCGCAGAGUGGUCGCGGAGUGUUGGCAGAGCCGGGCAGUUUUCGUCCACAACAUGCGAACCAAGUUCGCCCACAAGCCCUGCGAGAAUGAACAGGCUUUGCAAAGCUUUGAUUGGGUAUCGGUGUGCGGCCGUUGGCGCUACGGUUCGUGUAACCAUCUACGGCAGCGACUGACGGCUUCACUGGCUGGCGCUCUCCCGAAGCUUGAGGACCUGUCCGUGUCCUCGGGUCUCGACAAGCAGAUCGUGAAGACCCUGGAACCACUGAAGCUCGGAGCGAAGAUCGGGGACGUCCAGAUCAAGCUUGACGAUGUGGUCCUCGACGUGGCGGCCGCGGUCUUGGAGCACAUGGUCGACGCGCACAUGUCCACAGCUACCGUGCCUCCUGGUUCGCAGACUCAGGCCACGCCGCUCACCCCUGCGGCAGUCGACUCUCAGAAAGCCACCAAACAACUCCCCAAUAUCGAAGGUCCCAACCGAAGCUUCCCUGUCCACCUGGGCGCGGAAGAGACUCUCGCGAGGAUGGUCUGCGAGAACGAGACCUCGCGGCUCUUCAGUCCGGUGAAGUUGGGCGAGAUCAUUUCCCCGAGAAACUUCACCCGAAGUCGCCAGGCCAACCCGUGGGCCAAGUCCGACGCCAACUUCUCGGAGAUCCUCAGCCUCGACGCUUCAGGUUCGCUUGUUCGCAAAGACAAGCGAGUGCCGGAGCCACAGAAGUCAUUGACUAUGAUCGAUGCCUUCGAGGCAGUUCGCUGGGCGAUGGUGUUCGCACGGUGGGGAGAGGAGUUCGUCAUCGGCCCAUUCGUGGACUUCUUCAUCAACCUUGUUCGCGACAGUCAGAGCAAGAUACCACAGAUCCGCGAGGGGGGCGUGACCAAGAUCAUCACGAGCACCGAGCGCCACGAUGCGCUUGAGAGCUGGAUGCCGCCCGACGGUAAGGGCAAAGGCAAGGACAACGAUGGCAAAGGAAAAUCCAAGGACGGCUUCGGCAAGGGCAAGUUUCGCACCCCGGCUCCAACGGCUUCUGCAAGUUCGGGUCAUCGUGCAAGUUCAGCCAUGCAACCGUCCGCAUCAGCGCAGCAGACACAGAGUCAGCAAGCUCGGGGCGUCGGACAGCCGGGAUCGGGCGACACCUGGGCCGAGAAAGCUCCAACUCCAACAGCCCCCGCGCCCGGUUGUCCCCUAGGAUUCCACAAGGUCGUCCGCUCUCGACAUCCCGACGUCAUCCAGCAGGGCGACGCUUUGUCCGCAGACCCCGUGAAGGCAGCAAAGGCUCUCAAGGAACAGUGCGCAGAGUCUACGUUCGUUCUGGUUGCCUGUGCGCCGCCUUGCCCUGAUUUUUCGCAGAUCAAGGGCGACAAGGGCGCCGCAGGAUCUGAGGGACAGAAGCUCGCGCAAUGGAUACACCAAUGGUGGAGGCCCUUCCAGAAGGCUUGCAGUCUCAAGUUCGUGCUAAUCCUCGAGAACGUUGUCAUGGCAAGGGAAACCCAG